AAAGAGGCAGCCGCACGAGCGACAGCAGCAGUCGCAGCAGCAGCCGCAGCCAGACUCGCAGCCUCCGCCUGCUCCUCUCGCUCGUCACCCUCCUCUGCGGUCGCCCUCGCCCUCGCUCCCUGCCUCGGACUCUGCGCCCAGCGCCCGGCGGCGGUGUAGUUUCCCGGGCCGUGGCACGGCAGCCCCCCACCGGCGCCAGGACGAGUCCGGUUCGCGCCCGUCCGCGGAGAUCCUUCUCAUCUCGCUCGGCUGCGGGGCCCCGGUUUGAGGCGACCGACGCCGCCAUGGAGAGAGAAAAGGAACAGUUCCGUAAACUCUUUAUUGGAGGCCUAAGCUUUGAAACAACAGAAGAAAGUUUGAGGAACUACUAUGAACAAUGGGGGAAACUCACAGACUGUGUGGUUAUGAGGGAUCCUGCAAGCAAAAGAUCAAGGGGAUUUGGUUUUGUAACAUUUUCAUCUAUGGCUGAAGUGGACGCAGCCAUGUCUGCAAGACCUCAUUCAAUUGAUGGAAGAGUGGUUGAGCCGAAAAGAGCAGUAGCCAGAGAGGAAUCUGGAAAACCUGGUGCUCAUGUUACUGUGAAGAAACUGUUUGUUGGUGGAAUUAAAGAAGACACUGAGGAACAUCACCUUAGAGAUUACUUUGAGGAAUAUGGGAAAAUUGAUACUAUCGAAAUAAUUACAGAUAGACAGUCUGGUAAAAAAAGGGGCUUUGGUUUUGUUACAUUUGAUGACCAUGAUCCUGUGGAUAAAAUUGUAUUGCAAAAAUACCACACCAUCAAUGGCCAUAAUGCAGAAGUAAGAAAAGCUUUGUCUAGACAAGAGAUGCAGGAGGUUCAGAGUUCUAGGAGUGGAAGAGGAGGAAACUUUGGUUUUGGGGAUUCCCGUGGUGGUGGUGGAAAUUUUGGACCAGGCCCAGGAAGCAAUUUUAGAGGGGGAUCUGAUGGAUAUGGAAGUGGUCGUGGAUUUGGAGAUGGUUACAAUGGAUACGGAGGAGGACCAGGAGGUGGCAAUUUUGGAGGUAGUCCUGGUUAUGGAGGAGGAAGAGGAGGAUAUGGUGGUGGAGGACCUGGCUAUGGCAACCAGGGUGGGGGCUACGGAGGUGGUUAUGACAACUAUGGAGGAGGCAAUUACGGAAGCGGGAACUACAACGACUUUGGAAACUAUAACCAGCAGCCUUCAAACUACGGUCCGAUGAAGAGUGGAAACUUCGGUGGUAGCAGGAACAUGGGGGGACCAUAUGGUGGAGGGAACUAUGGUCCUGGAGGCAGUGGAGGAAGUGGGGGUUAUGGAGGGAGGAGCCGCUAUUGAGCUUUUCUGCCUGUUGGCCAUGGGCUUCACUGUAUAAAUAGGAGAGGAUGAGAGCCCAGAGGUAACAGAACAGCUUCAGGUUAUCGAAAUAACAAUGUUAAGGAAACUCUUAUCUCAGUCAUGCAUAAAUAUGCAGUGAUAUGGCAGAAGACACCAGAGCAGAUGCAGAGAGCCAUUUUGUGAAUGGAUUGGAUUAUUUAAUAACAUUACCUUACUGUGGAGGAAGGAUUGUAAAAAACACAAAAAACACAAAAAAAUGCCUUUGAGACAGUU